UUUCCGCAGUCAGGGGCGGGGCCACCGAGUGCGACUUCGGGGGCCAAAGUAGGUUGCGAGUAGGAGGUGGUGGCUGCUAUUCUACAGCGCUGGGAAGAUGGCGCCGCUGGUGACGGAGCGGGGUCUGAAGAGCGUGGUGUGGCAGAAGAUAAAAGCAACAGUAUUUGAUGACUGCAAGAAAGAAGGAGAAUGGAAGAUAAUGCUUUUAGAUGAAUUUACUACUAAGCUUUUGGCAUCAUGUUGCAAAAUGACAGAUCUUCUAGAAGAGGGAAUCACUGUUGUAGAGAAUAUUUAUAAGAAUCGUGAACCUGUCAGACAAAUGAAAGCUCUUUAUUUUAUCUCUCCAACAUCAAAAUCUGUAGAUUGUUUCUUGCGAGAUUUUGCAAGUAAAUCAGAGAACAAAUAUAAAGCUGCAUAUUUAUACUUCACUGACUUUUGUCCUGAUAGUCUCUUUAACAAAAUUAAGACAUCUUGCUCCAAGUCAGUAAGAAGAUGUAAAGAAAUAAAUAUUUCCUUCAUUCCACAUGAAUCUCAGGUGUAUACUCUUAAUGUACCAGAUGCAUUCUAUUACUGCUAUAGUCCAGUCUCUGGGAAUGCCAACGGAAAAGACGCCAUCAUGGAAGCAAUGGCAGAGCAAAUAGUUACAGUAUGUGCUACUUUGGAUGAAAAUCCUGGAGUAAGAUAUAAAAGUAAGCCUCUAGAUAAUGCCAGUAAGCUUGCACAACUGGUUGAAAAGAAACUUGAAGACUACUACAAGAUUGAUGAAAAGAGCCUAAUAAAGGGUAAAACUCAUUCCCAGCUCUUAAUAAUUGAUCGUGGCUUUGAUCCUGUAUCCACUAUCCUACAUGAACUGACCUUUCAGGCGAUGGCAUAUGAUCUACUACCAAUUGAGAAUGACACAUACAAGUAUAAAACAGAUGGGAAAGAAAAGGAGGCAAUCCUGGAAGAAGAUGAUGACCUCUGGGUCAGAAUCCGACAUCGACAUAUUGCAGUUGUGUUAGAAGAAAUUCCAAAGCUUAUGAAGGAAAUUUCAUCAACAAAGAAAGCAACAGAAGGAAAGAUAUCACUUAGUGCUCUUACCCAAUUGAUGAAAAAAAUGCCACAUUUCCGUAAACAAAUUACUAAGCAAGUUGUUCAUCUUAACUUAGCAGAAGAUUGCAUGAAUAAGUUUAAACUCAAUAUAGAAAAACUCUGCAAAACUGAACAAGACCUGGCACUUGGAACUGAUGCAGAAGGACAGAAGGUGAAAGAUGCUAUGCGAGUACUCCUUCCAGUUCUACUGAACAAAAAUCAUGAUAAUUGUGAUAAAAUAAGAGCGAUCCUGCUGUACAUCUUCAGUAUUAAUGGGACCACAGAAGAAAAUUUGGACCGAUUGAUUCAGAACGUAAAGAUAGAAAAUGAGAGUGACAUGAUUCGAAACUGGAGUUACCUUGGUGUUCCCAUUGUUCCCCAAUCUCAACAAGGCAAACCAUUAAGAAAGGAUCGGUCAGCAGAAGAAACUUUUCAACUUUCUCGAUGGACACCUUUUAUCAAAGAUAUUAUGGAGGAUGCCAUUGAUAAUAGAUUAGAUUCAAAAGAAUGGCCGUAUUGUUCCCAGUGUCCAGCAGUAUGGAAUGGCUCUGGAGCUGUAAGUGCUCGCCAGAAACCCAGAACUAAUUAUCUAGAACUAGACCGAAAAAAUGGAUCAAAGCUGAUUAUUUUUGUAAUUGGAGGGAUUACAUACUCUGAAAUGCGUUGUGCUUAUGAAGUUUCUCAGAUGCAUAAAUCCUGUGAUGUUAUUAUUGGUUCUACACAUAUUUUAACACCCAGAAAGCUGUUGGAUGAUAUAAAGAUGCUGAAUAAACCCAAGGAUAAAGUCUCCUUUAUUAAGGAUGAGUAGCUUUUUUAGAGGUUUUUUAUUAAUACGUUCAACUAAAAUAGAGCAAGAAAAUUGUGCUAUUAUGUAAUUUAAACAAUGUAAAUAUUUUAUGCAAUAAUGGCUUUUCAAAUACAUUUUUUAGAGGACUGUUUACGAUUAUGUAUUAUUGAAUUUGCCAUUUUAAUAAUUUAAAUAUUGAUGCUGCUUUCUAAACAAAAAUCCUUUGCCUUUGGAGCAAAAUAUGUUAGAAUUAUGGGUAAUCUUUCACAGCCACCUGUGUACAUACUGAUCACUUGUUAGAUACUUACCUGUCUCAUGGUGAAGUAUAGUUUUGGGUAAAGAAUGAUUUUAAAUGAAGAGCUUAUUAAGAAAACUGUAAAUGUGUAUGUAUGAUAGAAUUUCCUAUAAGUACAGUUUUUUUGUCAGCUGAAAUUCAUGUUUUCUUUAAAGUGUAAAAUAAUUCAAUCAUUAAUAGAGUGAUUUCAUAGUGUACUCUAGCUUGCUAGGUGCUCCUAAAGAAUACAGUUCUGUGUAAUUUUGAAAUGAUGUAUGUUUAAGUUACAAAACCAAAAAUCUUGAACAUUCUUAGAGAAAAUAAAAAUAUAGUUACAGAAAUUAUAUGGGUUUUUUUCUGGGUAAGAGGAAAAAGUUGAAAAAAAUGAGGGGGUCGAGAAGUUUAAAAGUUCUAAGUCAGAUUACAAAGAAACAGAAGGUACCAUAGUUCCCACCAAGAUAACUCCUAAUGACUUUUUCAAGAACAGUGUGAUUAAUCUGUAUAAAGUUAGAUCAUUUAAGGCUAUAUCUGCACAUGAAUUUUUGUUAUACAAAGGUAACACCUUCCCUUCAAAUCUUUACUUGACCUCAUAGUGUUCUGUCAUUUGGUGGACCAUAAUUUUAUGUCAUACAUAUUCAGAGUUUUAUUCUGCCAAAUAAUUCUGUAUUACUUUGGUACACACUUCUGUAGACUUGCACAAAUAUUUCUGUAAUAUAAAGCCUAGCAAUGACAUAGCUCGUCAUAGGAUUUGUGUUUAAAAUAUUAACAUAUAUUACUAUUAUUUUAUUAGUGCUGGGGAUUGAACCCGGGGCUUCACUCGUACUAAGCAAGCACUAUACCACUGAGCUACACCCUUAUAUCUACUUCUUCAGUAUAGAUAUAUGCAUCACUUUUCCUUUUUGGCUUUAGAAUUUCAUACUACAUUUAGAAAUACCUCUUUGUGCUAUAAUUAUAAAUUCACCUUUGAUUUCUUGUAAAAUGUUUGGAUAGAUUCGGUUUUUCACAAGUGACUUUCACUCAUGUGGAAUUACUUUUAACGUUAGAUAUUGUCUCUUAGCACUUGGCAUAUAUUUAUCCCAUGCCUCUCCACCUCAUACCACAGGAUUAAAAAGCAAAGAGUAAAGUUUUGGAGACUCUAAUUAGGGUUCUAACCAGCUUAGAUUCUGUCAGUAUUAAGCAUUUGGUCAAGAUCUGGAAAAUAAAAAGGAGGCAGAGGCCAUCUUCUGAGGCUGUGCCAGUGCAGACAGGAGUUAUGUGUAGCAGCUGGACUCGAGUUUUAGUGACCUGUCCAUGGCAUUCUGGGUCUGAGGCAGCGCCGUGGCAAUGGCAGCCCUCGGUUCUGUCCUCUGGAUCACUGGUGGAUACGCCCUUGGUUCUCAGUGUCUGAUGUUUGAAUUUCUCAGAGGUUUUGUAAGGACCUAAUCAUAUUAAAGCCCUUUCUUACUCGAAAUAUCUAGAGGAGUUUAUUUCUUGAAUAAAACCCUGACUGCUGUAGAAUGUGUGAUCUCACUUUAUUCUUUUCCGAACAGCCAGUUAUUGUACCAGUUUUAUUGGGUAAUCUCUGUUUCCCUGGCUCAUCUGAAAUAUUACUCUUUUCAUAGACUAAAUUUCCAUUUGUAUUCUAUGAGUCUAUUUCUAGAUCUUAUUUUAUUGAUCAAUUUGUAUUUUUUUCUUAUCUAUUUUAAUUUGUGGUAUGUUUUGGUAUGUAAUGAAAAUAAUCCUUACCUCACCCAAACCUAAAUUACUAACAUUUUUCCAAAACUUCCCAGCUAUUAGAUUUUUGUAGAUGAAUGUUAGUAUCAUUCUGUGUGUUCCCGUAAAAGGUUAUUUUGAUAUCCUCAUUAAAUUUUUAGUUUAAUUUAGGGGAGAAAAAUCAGUGGCACAGCUGGUGAGGGGAGGCAGGAACGGAGGGGGUGGUCCUCCCUGGCAGCACAUCUUGGGGGGCAGCAUUGCAGCAAAGAUUCAAGUAAUCAUAAUACGAAUAUUUUUCUCCAUGGGUCAUUUAAAUUUUCUAUUUAGGUAGGUUAACAUAUUCAGAUAGUUUGGAGGGCAGCAAAUUGAAGGUCUGCCCUGAGCGGCACAAACUCUAGCUACAGCACUGGAAAAGAUGACAUCUUUAUAAUAUUGAAACUUGAUGUUCAGGAAUAUGGAAUGUCUUUUUUGUCUAAAUCUUUCAGAAUCUUUCUUUAGAAUAGCACAUCUCCACUGAGAAUUGACUGUUGAUGUCUUCAUUUUUAUCUGAACUCCUUGAGUGCCUCGGAUACUGUGCCCAGUUGAGGACAUGUGUGGGUUUCUAAACUAAUCCAGUGACCUGUGACAAAUGGUACUAGAGCUUGGUGACCACAAACACUGGCCAGUCCAUUCCGUCACUUAACUCUCAGUGACCACUUUGCCUUGUCACACUAACAUCAUAGCUUUUGAGUCCUUUCUCAUGUGUGCAUCUAAAUAAAUAUAUAUACAUAUAUAUGAGAAAUUUUGUUUAGUAAAUGUCUAGUGAAUUUCAAGAUAGAAAUAUUAGCAGUGGGCUGGGGAUUUAGCUCAGUGGUUCUGCCACCUGCCUCACAAGCACAAAGUCCCGCGUUCAAUUCCUGGUACAAAAAACAAAAACAGAAAUAUUAGCAGUGACAGGUUCUGAUAUCAAGACCUUGUUCAAGGUGGUUUUGUUGCUACAACUAACUGAAAUAAUUUAUUCCCUUUCCCUUAAGUAUGAUUUUGCUUCCUGUUGAAAUUUGGCUAACAAAUGCAACAGAUUCUCAAUGUUUAACCAUGCAGUAUAGCAAAAACUAAGAAAAAUACCUUUAUUAAUCCUGUUCCUAGGCCCUUGUCUUCUGCUGACCCUGACUCACAACAGUUCACAGCAACACAAAAUUCUUAGAUUUGAGCUCCAGAGGCCUAGAUUCUGGUGGUUCGUUGGCAUUAAGAUGUGAUGUCUCCGUAUUUUAUACUCUUAACAGAUUUCUUCUUAGAUCAAAAAAAUAAAACUUAUCUUCCUCCUGUACACAGUAAAAUGACUACCAAAACAAUUGUUUUGAAUAUUAAAUGUAAAAAGUAUUUAUA